AGGACACAACUGCGAACGAGGACAUAGUGGCGGCCAACCAACUCAUUCAGACAAUGUGUUCAUCUGAAAAGCAAGAUGUCGCUGCCAUCAUGCCACUCGUCGACGAUCUCAACGAACGAAAGGCCCGCUUUGAGGCUGCAACCGUUCGUGUCCUAACCAAGAUGCACGUUCUGCGCAACGAACUCCGCGACGCCAUUGAUCUUCUUCAAACUCACACUUUUCACUACUCUGAGGAGGAGCGCCUUCAGAUUGCCGAGACCCUUGUCUCAAUUGUCCGUGACCGCAACCAAAGCAACACCCGCGCCUGGGAUACGUAUAUCAUCUUGCAGUCCAUUUUCGUCGAGAUAUCGCGCGAGAAGCGCACGAGUAUCAUGAACGAGUUCUUUGCCCGAGAACGUCCGGACAUGGCCUACCACGUCUUCAACCACAUGCGCCAGCUCGAGCACCCCAUAUGCAAAGCGAACAGGGACACGUACAUCGCGGUGCUGCGGGGAAUUGCUGGGGCCGGUGACGAGGAGAGCCUGGAACUGGUGCACAACCAGAUGAAGCUGGAUCUAGACAUUGAUCCAAACACACGGCUCCGCAACGCGCUGAUGAUGGCGUACACGGGAUGCGAACAGCCGCGCCGCGGACUCGAGUUCUGGGAGGACAUAGUCAACUCGCGCGAGGGUCCCACCUACAACAGCAUCGAGAUCGCGUUCCGUGCCUGCGAGAAAAUGCCGUUUGGUGAGCGCCAGGCGAAGGCGCUGUGGGCGCGGCUGCGGAAGGCGGAUGUGGCCAUCUCGAAGAAGAUAUUUGCCGGUUACGUCGGCGCUCUAGCGGGCAACCAGCUUGCGGACGAGGCGAAGGAGACGCUGGUUAAGGGUGAGAAGGAGUUUGGUUUCAAGCCAGAUGUGUUUUUGUUGGGCACCUUGUUCAAUGCUUCUUUUGGCGUCAAAAAGCAGGAGGAUGUUGA